GACGGGGCAGGCGGGCGGCUGGCAGUGGUGGCACCGACAUGGCUGCGCUGGUGGAGCCUCUGGGGCUGGAGCGGGACGUGUCCCGGGCCGUGGAGCUCCUCGAGCGGCUCCAGCGCAGCGGGGAGCUGCCCCCGCAGAAGCUGCAGGCCCUCCAGCGAGUCCUGCAGAGCCGCUUCUGCUCCGCCAUCCGAGAGGUGUACGAGCAGCUGUAUGACACCCUGGACAUCACCGGCAGCGCUGAGAUCCGGGCCCAUGCCACAGCCAAGGCCACAGUGGCCGCCUUCACGGCCAGUGAGGGCCAUGCACAUCCCAGGGUAGUGGAGCUGCCCAAGACAGACGAGGGCCUGGGCUUCAACAUCAUGGGUGGCAAAGAGCAGAACUCGCCCAUCUACAUCUCCCGGGUCAUCCCAGGGGGCGUGGCUGACCGCCAUGGAGGCCUCAAGCGAGGGGACCAACUGCUGUCCGUGAACGGUGUGAGUGUUGAGGGUGAGCAGCACGAGAAGGCCGUGGAGCUGCUGAAGGCGGCCCAGGGCUCGGUGAAGCUGGUGGUGCGUUACACGCCUCGAGUGCUGGAGGAGAUGGAGGCCCGAUUUGAGAAGAUGCGCUCUGCCCGCCGGCGCCAGCAGCACCAGAGCUACUCGUCCUUGGAGUCUCGAGGCUGAAACCACAGAUCUGGACCCUCCCCUUCGCCCUCUCUCCUGUACAGUAUUUAUUGUCACUGGCUCCUUAUUUAAAGAUCUAUGACCCUCA